AUGAGAGAUAAGUUCGAUGAGGACCCUGGAAAAUUUUGCAAAAACGUUAUGCAUGGCAACAUCUGCAUCAAAGCGUCUGACUUGCCGUCGAUGAUAUAUCCUGAAAAGGGGUACAACACUGAUGCCAUCGAUGAGAAUGCCCUUAAGAGUGAUCUGCUGGCUUCCUGCUUUCGAGCACUGUUUACUGGUCCAAGCAGUGGCAAACGUCCCGUCAAUGCAUCUGGUUCCAACAAGAAAAAGGGCAGCGGUCGCAAUCCAAUUGCGGUCACUUAUCACAUGAAAGAAUGCAACAAAUAUCAUGUUGCGUAUGUGGCUACAUUGGCUGAAUCUGACGGGGAUUUCGAUUAUGAAGAAUACUAUAACUACAUUCUCACCCUCUUCGACGACAAGAAGUGGUGCGAGGACACUUUGGAUUGGUACAAUGGGUGA